UGCAAUUCUGUAUGCGAUUGGUAACGAAUAUUUUCGCUAUUCGUAACGAAAAACGUCGUUAUGUGUCGCUAUCAUAACCCAUGGUUCGGUACCCCUCGGUAGCGCGUAACGACGACGUAAAGAUAGUAGAUUGGAGGUUAGAAGCAUCCGAAGUGGUAAAAGUGUGUGCAGUUUUGAAAUGGCCCUUGAGUAUUUGGCAUGGGAACUGGCAUUAGUGCAGGAAAGAUUGCGUCUACUAGAAAGGCGUAUGGAAAGAAGGCGGCUGAGAGAUGCUCAGAACCCUUUUCAUCUUCCACGAGAUGAAUUUAUUAACUAUUUUCGCCUUACUUCAAAAAUUGUAAUCGACAUUUCAAAUGCAUUAAGGGUUGAUUUACAAAAUGAACGACUUACCGGCUUAGCACCAGAAAUCAAGAUAUUGAUUGCCAUACAAUUUUACGCUCAAGGCAGCUAUCAAAAAAGUGUCGGCAAUCAAUCUCAAUGGAAUGUUAGCCAACCAACAACAAGUCGUUGCAUUCAUGUUGUGACUGAAGCGAUCAAUCGGCGCUUGCUACGUAGAUGGGUGAAAUUCUCGAUGACCGAAGAAGAUCGAGCCCAAGCGCGUGCAAAAUUUUCCGCUGCUGCGUAUCCAUUUGAAGGAGCUAUCGGUGCUAUAGACUGUACCUUUAUUCAUAUUAUAGCCCCACAUGAAAAUGAAGAAGCGUUCAUUAAUCAUCAUGGUCGUCAUUCUUUGAAUGUCCAAGCGGUGUUGGAUUCGGAUAUGAAGUUGCUCAACAUUAAUGCGAGAUACCCAGGUGCACGAAACGACGCAUACAUCUGGAGCACAUCACCAAUUCGUCGAGUAAUGGAAUUCCAUUACAAUCGGGGAGAACGCAAAACUUGGCUGAUCGGCGAUGCUGGAUACCCUUUAGAACCGUGGCUCAUGACACCCUCGGCCAAUUUUCCUGAAGACACACGACAAUUCCAAUAUACGCAGCAGCUUUUUAAAGCAAGAAAUGUUGUUGAACGUUUCUUUGGUGUUUUGAAACAUGUAUGGAGAUGUUGUUCUUAUCAACGAGUGCUAAUGUAUAAACCAGCAUUUGCUGCUAAAAUAGUUAAUGCAUGUGCAGUAUUGCAUAAUAUAAGAAUUCAAUACCGUUUACAUUUUGAAGAAUUUGAAGUACCAAUAAUUGCUAAUAAUCCUCAAAAUGAAAAUGCUAUUGACAUUAAUGAAGAUGUAGCUCGAAGAGGGCCACGAGCUUUGGCUCAAAGAAUUCAACGCCAAAUAAUGAGAGAAAGAUUUCCCAAUUAUCGUGAUGCGGAAGAUGAAGAGCGUGGUGAAGAUAAUUAAACGUGUUUGUUUGCUUUAUUAAGUGGCAUUUUAAAUAAGAAUAU